AUGAUUAAACAAAGAUCGUCUGAUGCUGAUUUUCAACUCUGGAUUUCAAGUGAUGAUCUAUCAACCGAUUUUGCAUAUUUGAAAGCGUUUCUUGAGUCCAAAUCCACAGAUUAUUCGAAAUUCAUGCAACUUUUUUUAACGCCAGGAAAACGAUAUGCAGAAGCAAAGGAAAUAGCCAAGUUAUCACAAAAAUCAGCAAAUCCAUUUGCAAAACCUCUUCUUACAACAAAUAUUCACAAAUCUCUCGCAAAAUUAAACGGCUAUCCAAAUGAGAUUACUUCAAAACAGUUUGCAGAAAUAUUUAAAACAUGCUUUUUCUUACCUGAUUUUGUCAGUAUAUCAUUAUUUGCAUUAAUUUCAAAAAAUACCUACAAGAAGAAAACAAAAACAAUAAAAUUUCAAGAUGCAAUCAACUUUAUGUCCGAUAAUUUCUCCAAUUCAACAAUUGAUGAUCUAUUUUUCUAUAUAUUAUCCGAAAAUUUCAGUUCAAAAUAUUGUAAAACACAAUGCUUACUCAAAAUAAUCUAUCGGUAUGUUACCACUAGCGAUAAAUUUGCAUCACUUGAUCUAGAAAAUCAAGGAUAUAGAACAAAAGAAGCUAAAAUUAAUUUAUUGACCGAUUUCGCCAUUUACAUUUGUUCAAAGAUCGAGAUAGUUUUCGACCCAGAGCUUCAUAACCGACUGGAGCGAAGAAAUAUCACUCUCGAUCUCUUUCUGAAAGCUCUUGAUAAUUGUGCAAUAUUUGAACAUUUUAUUGUGAUUUACACAAAGUUCAAAGAGCUUCAGGCUCAACCAGCAGAUUUUAUCACAUUUAAGGAAAUAUUAAAUUAUGAUUGCCAAAGAAUUGAUUCAGAUAUAAUGAAACGAUGCCUCAGGAUCUUAUCUAGUACUACUGAUAACAUUUAUUUCUUUACAUUUGUUAAAUUUGUCACAUUUUUAGAAGAUAAGGCUUCAAUUGGGGCCUUGAACUUCUGGUUUAGAGUUUGUGAUUCAGAUGAAGAUGGUUUUAUAUCUAUUAGCGAAAUGGAAGCGCUUUACGAUGCACAAAUCAAGAAAUUAAAACAAAUUGGCUACACAGCUGAUUCUUUUGACAUUAUUCUCCCACAAUUGAUGGAUGCUGUAUCUGUGCAUUCAACAAAAAUUAGUAGAAAAGAUCUCAGAAAUUGUGGUCGAUGGGUAAAUUUCUUCAAUUUACUCGUGGAUCCAAAGACUUAUAAUGAAGCAGAUUUCAAAGAUCCUUUAUUUAGCUUCAAAUUAAAUUCAUCUACUGUUCAAACAUCACUUUGGGACGAAUAUGUUCAGCGCGAAAUCUCGAAUUAUAAUAACUGA